GUGUUUGGCAGACAGUGUGCGUGAGGCAGUGAUCGUGGGAGGACGUCUCGCUCUUCGCCUCAGUUGAGUUCUGUGUGAGAGUGUUGUGCGUGCUGCCGACCCUCAGCGCAUACGAGAGAAUAACGAAAAGAAGAAAGACCGGAAGUGAAGGAGAGAAGAGAAAACGGGAGACAGCAAAGACCGCCAUCCAUUGAAGGAGAAUCCGCUGUGUCCUUGAAUAUGAGCCAGAUAAUAAAACAAGAAUAAAAGCAAACAUCACGUCGAGCCAGUAAAUCACACUCCCGGAAUACUUGAUUGUGAUUGGUCAACAAGGCAUCCCCUUUCUCGAAACUCAGCUCGUGAUUGGCUGAAUAGGAACACCUUUUUCGAAACUCAGCUCGUGAUUGGCUAAAAGGGAAUCCUCUUUCUGGAAACUCCGCUUGUGAUUGGCUGGGAGCUCUGAGAUGAUCAUCAUGAGGGAGGAAGAUCUCGAAAUCGCCAUCAAAUUGGUGAUCGUGGGCAACGGAGCCGUGGGGAAGUCCUCGAUGAUCCAGCGCUACUGCAAAGGCACCUUCACCAAAGAGUACAAGAAGACCAUCGGCGUCGACUUCCUUGAGAGACAGAUUACGAUAAGCGGCGAGGAGGUGCGUCUGAUGCUGUGGGACACGGCCGGCCAGGAGGAGUUCGACGCCAUCACGAAGGCCUACUACAGGGGCGCCCAGGCCUGCGUCGUCGCCUUCUCCACCACCGACAGGGACUCCUUCAGCGCCGUCAGGAAGUGGAAGAAGAAGGUCGAGGACGAGUGUGGCAGCAUACCCAUGGUCCUGGUGCAGAACAAAAUAGAUUUAAUCGACCAGGCCACCGUCAAACCGGACGAGGUGGAGACGCUGGCCCGCGAGCUGCGCAUGCGCCUCUACCGCACGUCCGUCAAGGAGGACCUCAACGUGGACCAGGUGUUCAACUUCCUCGUGGAGCGGUACCUGGCCCUCAUCGCCCAGCCCGAGGACAUCUACGCCGCCAAGACCGUCGGAGAGAAUAUCUUCGGCAACCCUGCAAAGUUGAAGAAGGGAGACACCAUCACACUCAGCGGCAAGAAGAAAUCAAGCAAGAAACAGCUGAUCAAGAAUGCAUGUAAAGUUCUAUAGAGAGUGUCUUAUUAGUAAAUACCGCGUAUGUGAACGUACAUCUCUGAGAAUCCUGAGCCGAUUUACUUUGCACAUGGGCUCUCGUGUGAUCCCAGGAAAUAUACUGAAGAGGUCGUUUUUUUUUUUUUUUCGUUUCGAGGUGUUGGGUGCUGUGGCGACGGAAAAAAAUGGGGGAACUUGAUGCCACUUAAUGCCAGUACCUCUUUAUCGACGAUUAAGAGAUCUGUUCUUGAACCUGGACUUGGAAACUGACUUGGAAAGUGUUCUCUCACAGGCUAGAAAUCCUGUAUUUUCAAUAACCAGACUAAGGUUAAGAAGAAACUACUGUGGACAUACGAUUAUACAUAUAUAUGGCAAAUCAACUAUAAUGGAUAGAUAGUACUCAUCAUAGUUGUUCAUCAGAGAUACCAUAAUGUAGUACGAAAUCAUGGUAUCAUAUACACUGCAAUAUUUUAGCAAAGUCUCAGAAAUAGCACAAAACCCAUACAGCGAAAGGAUACACAAUGUAAAACACACACACACAGCAGGAGCGUUAUAACCAGCGCUUCUAAAUCUUGAGAGAGUUUCAGUGGAAAGCGUUUUAACACGUUGUAUGAAUAUAUCAUAAACACACUUUGUGCGUUAAUCACAGGUAUACCCACAAGGCAGAGAUUGCCUCGCGGA